AUGUCUGUCAACCCUUUCUCAUCUUGGAAUAGCGGCUUUGGUGGUUCCGUUUAUGGAGCACUUCCAACAUCAGGCCCUGCAUCCACUGCAUCGAGUCUCAUGUCAUUUGUCUUCACUCAGUUCAAUCCCAACAUUUUGAACUGUACGGUCGUUGGAUCGAACGGUCAGCCGCACUUCUACGUCUUUACAGAUGCGUCCUUGCCGAACUUCACCAUCCUGAAGAGGAGCGACGGUCGGCCAUUCGGAGUGAUCGAAUGGCGAAACCAUCCUGUCGUCGAGAUCAAGGACUUGGUCAAGAAGCAGUUUUCUUCACAGUUUCUACAUUUGUCUCAAGAUCAGCGAAGUAGAACGAUGACAAUUGACAGUCGCGAGUAUGUGUGGGUCCCACAAACGAAUCAAGUCGAGGCUAUUUGGUUGUAUCGGGCCAACUUGCCUCAGAGCCCACCUCUCGCCCGGAUCAUUAAGUCCGGCAGUAACAUUCAUUUGGAGCUCAACCCCGAAGCCAUUCAAGCUGGGCUUUUGCAGCCUUGCCUUUUGUCCGUUGUGUUGCUUCACAGCGGCCGUCAAAUCGACUGA